GCCGCCAUGGGACUGAGGCUACUGCUCCUGCUGCUGCUGUUCUGGACUCAGGGGACCCAGGGGUCCAAGCUGGACCCCAAUGGGCGGCACGUCUGUGUGGCCAGCAGCCCCUCUGCUGAGCUCCAGUGCUGCCCAGGCUGGAGACAGGAAGAUGCAGAAUGCACCAUCCCCAUCUGUGAGGGGCUGGACGCCUGCCAGGAACACGAGGUGUGUGUGAAACCAGGCCUCUGUCGAUGCAAACCUGGAUUCUUCGGGGCCCAGUGCAGCUCCCGCUGCCCAGGCCAAUACUGGGGCCCCGACUGCCGUGAGAGCUGCCCGUGCCACCCGCACGGCCGGUGUGAGCCGGCCACGGGCGCGUGUCACUGCCAAGCCGACCGCUGGGGCGACCGCUGCGAGUUCGCGUGCGCCUGCGGCCCCCAUGGGCGCUGCGACCCUGCGACGGGCGCGUGCCACUGCGAGCCAGGUUGGUGGGCGACCACGUGCCACCGCCCGUGCCAGUGCAACCUAGCGGCGGCGCGCUGCGACCCUGUCACUGGCACCUGCCUGUGCGAACCGGGCUGGUGGGGCCGCCGUUGCAGCUUCCGCUGCGUCUGCCACGGCUCGCCGUGCGAGCAAGGGUCGGGCCGCUGCACCUGCCGGCCGGGCUGGUGGGGCCCCGGGUGCCGGGAGCGGUGCUUGUGCGUGCGCGGCCGCUGCAGCGCCACCUCGGGCCAGUGCGCGUGCCCUCCCGGCUUCCACGGCGAGCGCUGCGAGCUGCAGUGCCCCGCAGGCCGCUACGGGGCGCAGUGCGAGGACAGCUGUGGCCACUGCAAGCAGAAUAAGCCAUGUGCUCCAGACACGGGCAGCUGUGAGUCCUGCAAGCCAGGCUGGAAUGGAACCCGGUGCCACCAGCCCUGCCCACCGGGCACCUUUGGCGAGAGCUGCAGGCAGCAGUGCCCCCGCUGCCAGUUUGGGGAAUCCUGUCAGCCAGAUACGGGGCACUGUCACCGCUGUGACCCUGGCUGGCAGGGCCCCAGGUGUGAAGAGCCCUGCCCACCUGGCACCUUUGGGAAGGACUGUGGCUUCACCUGCCCCACCUGUAUUCAGGGGACCUGUGAUGCCGUGACUGGGGACUGUGUCUGCAGUGCCGGCUUCUGGGGGCCCAGCUGUAACACUUCCUGCCCAUCCGGCUUCCAUGGAGACAACUGCUCAGUCCCUUGCCAAUGCCAAGAGGGGCCCUGCCACCCUGUCUCUGGGGCCUGCCAGCAUGGCCUUCACGGUCAGGAUGCUGCCCUCAUCGCGGGCAUCCUGGUGCCUCUGUUGCUGCUCCUCCUGGGCAUUGCCUGCUGUGCCUACUGCUGCUGGGCUGCCCGCAUGGACCCCAAGGACAGGUCUACAACAGAUGGAGCCACCGUGUCCAGGGUGAAGCUGCAGGUGUGGGGGGCACUGACCAGCCUGGGCUCUGUGCUGCCCUGUGGCUCCCUCAGCAGCCACAAGCUACCUUGGGUGACAGUCUCACACCACGACCCUGAGAUCCCCUUCAACCACAGCUUCAUUGAACCACCCUCUGCCGGUUGGGCCUCCGACGACUCCUUCUCUUCUGAUCCUGAGUCUGGAGAGGAGGAUGAGGGUCCUGCCUACUGUGUGCCACCCCAAGAAGGGAUGGCCCCUGUGGCCCAAGUAGAGUCACCAGAGGCCAGCCUGGCUACAGGCCCCUUCCCUCCCCCUGAGGAUGCCUCCACACCAUUCGCCAUCCCACGCACCUCCAGCCUAGCCCGGGCCAAGCGGCCAUCAGUCUCCUUUGCUGAAGGUACCAAGUUUGCGCCACAGAGUCGCCGGAGCUCAGGGGAGCUCUCCAGUCCCCUCCGAAAGCCUAAGAGGCUCUCUCGGGCAGCCCAGCCAGGUCCUGAGGGCCAGGAGGCUGAGGAAUCCACAGACCCAGAGCCAGCAGAAACGGACAAGGCCCCUUCUGGUGCUGCCAGCCCCAGGGACUCAGCCAUUGGCCGCCGGCAGCAUCCACUUGGAGGCCGAACCGUGGCUGAACGUGUGGAAGCCAUUGAGGGCAGUGUGCAGGAGAACUCAGGCCCAGUGACCACCAUCUACAUGCUGGCAGGGACACCUCGGGGAUCUGAGGGGCCUGUCCGGUCUGUCCUGCGCCGUUUUGGUAGUUUCCAGAAAGGCCAGUCAGAGCCCAAGGUCAAGAGUGCCAUCCCCAAGCCUCCACGCAGAGCCCUGAGUCGGAACAAGGGCAGCCCUGGGCUGGCCUCUGGCUGUGCUAGCCAGAGUCCUGGCUCAGCCCCGUAUGAGGAGCUCACGGGGGCCUUGGAGUCUGUGAGAGCCAGGCCAGGAGAAGUGGCCAGGGGGCUGGGAGAUGGCAUUGAGAGCCCGGGGAGGACCCAGGAGCUGGCCCCUGCGGGUGCCCUCCCAGAACAGGCUCCCCAGAAGCUGGCUGAAGAGGAAGGGCAGGAGGAACCCCAGUAUGAGAAUGUUGCACCCAUCUCUGGGCCAUCAGAGCCCUGAAGACCUUGAACUUGGGGAGUGGGGGGACUACAGAAGGGGGACACCAGGACUGCCACUGGGUCAUAUUACAUAUUGUGCUGGGAAAUGAUCACAGGGUAGGGACAGACCUGCCAGAGCCUCUGUCCCUUCCAUAGGGACAAGUCAAAGAUUAGAGGCCAGGGUUGGCUCUGGAAACUGGAAGAGCUCCUGGAGUGGGUCUGGAAGGCCCAGGCAGAGAGCUGCAGUGUAGGGUCACAGAGGAGAAGAGGAGAUGCUGCAGGGACUUUUUCUCUGUUGUUCAAAGGGAUAUUCUUUCCUUUAUUUGCAAAACAUUUCUUUUGAAAUGGGAAACAAACUAAAAGUUUGACUAUGAGAUUGGUUAAAUAAAUAUUUCUUAUGACAGUUUACUACACAACCACUAAAAAUCGCGUUAUGCAAACAUAGUUCAUGAAGUGGGAGAAUGUUCAUACUGUCCUGUUAAGUGCAAAGAGUACAAACUAGGAAACACAAUAUAGCACCAUUUUCUUUUUAUAAAUUUUACUUCUUUAUGCCUCAGGAUACACGUUUAGGAUUCUACGUUUUUUCUGUAUGUUUUGUUAAUAUUUUAAAAGCGGAAGUGUUUGUUUUUUUUAAAGGAUAUAUGUACAUAAAAAGCAAUUUGAGGGAAAGGCAUAAAAUGGUCAUUUCCUCUGAGCGAUGAGAUCAUGGGUGAUUUUAUUUUCUUCUUUAAAUUUUUGUGUCAUUUACAGAUUUUCUACUUUUUUCACUAGAUUGAACUUUUUAAAAAUUAUAAAAGUGGUAAUAGUCUUUGUUAAAAGUAAAAAAGACUACCCUCAACAAAAUACUAGUGAAUAGAAUCCAACAGCAUAUUAAGAGUCAUACACCACAACCAAGUGGGAUUUAUUCCAGGAAUGCAGGGAUGGUUCAACAUUAGAAAAUCAAUCAACAUAACACACCACAUCAAUAGAACAAAGGGAAAGAACCACAUGAUCUUCUCUAUGGAUGCAGAAAAAGCUUUUGAUAAAAUCCAACACUCUUUCUUGAUGAAAACCCUAAAGAAGAUUGGAAUAGAAGGGAAAUUCCCGAAUAGGAUUCAGGGCAUACAUGAAAAGUCAACAGCCAACAUUAUGCUUAAUGGAGAAAGGCUGAGAGCUUUCCCCUUGAAAUCAGGAACAAGACAAGGGUGCCCACUCUCACCACUUCUAUUCAAUAUUGUAUUUGAAGUCCUAGCCAGAGCAAUAAGGCAAGAAAAAGAAAUAAAAGGUAUCCAGAUUGGAAAAUAAGAAGUAAACUUAUCUCUUAUUUGUGGAUAUGAUCCUAUAUGUAGACAAUCUCAAAGAUUCCACAAUAGAACUUCUAGAGCUAAUAGAGGCAUUUAGCAAAGUUGCAGGGUACAAGGUCAACAAACAAAAAUCAUUUGGGUUUCUAUACACGAGGAAUGAGAAGUCUGAAAGGGAAAUUAAAGAGACAAUUCCAUUUACAAUAGCAUUGUCUUACUUACCUAACCAAACCAUUGCCAUGGAGUCGAUUCUGAUAGCGACCCUAUAGGACAGAGUAGAACUGCCCCAUAGGGCUUUCAAGGAGCACCUGGUAGAUUUGAACUGCCAACCUUUUGGUUAGCAGCCGUAGUUCUUAACCACUACAGCACCAGGGUUUCCCUUACUUACCUAGUGGUGCUCUAACAGAUAUAGCACAAGUGGGUGACUUUAACAGACAGAAAUUUAUUUUCUCACAGUUUAGGAGGCUAGAAGUCUGAAUUUAGAGUGCCGGCUCUAGGGGAAGUCCUUCUCUUACUGUCAACUCUAGAGGAAGGUCCUUGUCUCUUCAGCUUCUGCUUUCUGGGUCCUUGGAGAUCUCCAUGUGUCCUGGCAUCUAUCUUACCCCAUCUCAUCUCUGCUUGCUUGUUUAGUCUCUUUUAUAUCUCAAAAGAGGUUGACUCAAGUUAUAUGCUACACUAAUCCUGCCUCAUUAACAUAACAAAGACAACCCAUUCCCAAAUGGGAUUAUAACCACAGGCAUAGAGGUUACGAUUUAAAACACAUAUUUUUGGGGAACAUAACUCAAUUCAUAACAAGCAUCUAAGAGGAUAAAAUUCCUGGGAAUAAGUCUAACCAGGGACAUGAAGGACUUAUACAAUGAAAAUUAUAAAACACUGCUGAAAGAGAUUAAAGAACAGUUAAAUAAAUGGAAAGACGUUCCAUGUUCAUGGAUUGGAAGACCUCAUAUUGUUAAUAUGUCAAUACUACCCAAAGUCAUCUAUAGUUUCAACACAAUCCUGGUGUCAUAGAUUGAAUUGUGUCUCCCAAAAAUAUCUGUCAAUUGGCUAAGUCAUAAUUCCCUUAUAUGAUUGUCUACCGUUUUAUCUUUUGAUGCGAUUUCCCUAUGUGUUGUAAAUCCUAUCACUAUGAUGUAGUAAGAUGGAUUAGUGGCAGUUAUACUGAUGAGGUCUACAAGAUUCUUGUUGUUGUUAGGUGCCGUCGAGUCGGUUCCGACUCAUAGCGACCCUAUGCACAACAGAACGAAACACUGCCCGGUCCUGUGCCAUCCUUACAAUCGUUCUUAUGCUUGAGCUCAUUGUUGCAGCCACUGCAUCAAUCCACCUCGUUGAGCGUCUUCCUCUUUUCCGCUGACCCUGUCCUCUGCCAGGCAUGAUGUCCUUCUCCAGGGACUGAUCCCUCCUGACAACAUGUCCAAAGUAUAUAAGACGCAGUCUCACUAUCCUUCUUUUAAGGAGCAUUCUGAUUGUACUUCUUCCAAGACAGGUUUGUUUGUUCUUUUGGCAGUCCAUGGUAUAUUCAAUAUUCUUCGCCAACACCACAAUUCAAAGGCAUCAGCUCUUCUUUGGUCUUCCUUAUUCAUUGUCCAGCUUUCACAUGCAUAUGAUGUGAUUGGAAAUACCAUGGUUUGGGUCAGGCCCACCUUAGUCUUCAGGGUGACAUCUUUGCUCUUCAACACUUUGAAGAGGUCCUUUGCAGCAGAUUUGCCCAAUGCAACGCGUCUUUUGAUUUCCUGACUGCUGCUUCCAUGGCUGUUGAUUGUGGAUCCAGGUAAAAUGAAAUCCUUGACAACUUCAAUCUUUUCUCCGUUUAUCAUGAUGUUGCUCAUUGGUCCAGUUGUGAGGACUUUUGUUUUCUUUAUGUUGAGGUGC